AUGGCGAAUCGAAGACCACAGAACGGCGGUCGGCGUAUGGACUUCGGUCGCAACGAUCGUCCCAAGAAUUUCGGUCGCAGCGGCGUUUCGCCAUGGCAAGGGGCUGGCCCUGGCGGUGGAAUUCCCAACCUGCUGCCCCUGCCUGGUGGUCCGACUGAAGCAACACUAGCCCUCGCCAGCAAUAUUAUAAAUCUGCUGCAACCGCGUCAGAACCCGGUUCCGUCUUUACUUGACAUGCCCAUUCGACGCGACUUUAAUCCUAACAUGGGACGGUUUGAUCGUGGCUAUGGGCCCAACAGGAUGGGCAAUCAGGGUAAUUUCCGGCGUACGGGAAAUUACAAUCGCGCUGGUGAGCGUAUCAACAUGAAUCGUAAGCCGUUCAGGCCCAAUGAAGGGCAAAGGCAACAAAACAAGAGUUCCCCGAAAAAGGAGGUCGAUUCAAAGGCUAAGCCUGUAGAGAAGAGUGAGCAAGAUCAAGAGGAAAAAGAAGAGUCUGGAGAGAAGGGAGAGAUUAAAGAAGAGCAAAAACGGGACAUCCCCAAGACCCGCUAUGAUGACAUCAAUUCCCAGCUAUUGAAAUGUCAUAUCUGUAACAAGAGUAUGUGGGAUGGCCGAUCGUUUGAGAAUCAUCUGAGUGGAAGAGCACACGCCAUUAUGCUGCAGAAGACUGCAGAAAGCUAUGCCCUCACAGCAGACACCAUGAGACAAGAGUUCAAGCUUUAUUUUAAAAAGAUCCGCGAAAUGAAACGCACAAGGAAGAUCGGCCAGCAGCCGCCGCGCGACUUCUACUGCGCCAUGUGCGAUAUGUACGCGGCGGACGGUGCCAUCCACCGGACCACGGUGGGCCACCGCAAGCUGAAGAAGUACUUGCACCCCACGUGCACGUCCUGCCACAAGGAGAUGCCGACCAGGAUCGAGCUGGACGAGCACCGUCUCACCGCAGAACACCUCAGGAACAUGCAGGACAAGCAGGAGAUUGUCUCGAAGCCGAAACCAGAAGUAAUGUUGAUUUCCACCCUAACAAUGGAGCAGUCAUAUCUUCGGGACGACCGUGAGCGUUGGCGCCGGCCGGAGCGUCAGGACAAGGAGAAGGAUAACGAAGUUGUUGUCAAGGAAGAGAGAAAAGACGAUCAGGAUGAGUCAGAACAGAAGAUUGAGGCCGAUGAAGAUGCAGAAAAGCAAGGCGAAGUUGAGGUAAAGAAAGAACCAAGCGGUGUUGAUAAAGAUAACACUGUACUCGACUUCAAGGAGGGCGAUGAUUUAUCCAAUGUUACACCUGAAAUGUUGCCUGUAUAUAGUACUGAGCGUGGUGUCGGCCGUUCCUUCCUCUCGGAGUUCCGUUGCGUUCAGUGUCACUUGUGCCACAAAUUGCUGGACAGUGAGGAGACGGCAGAGGUCCACCUCAGGACUUGGAGGCAUCACCAGCUGUUCCUCCGUUUGAUUACAAAGUCCAAUACCCAGUUGCAGUCUACCCAAGAAGCUGGUAAGCGGCCAAAUAACACCGAGGAGUCUGGCAACUGGAAGCGUCGCAAGACAUCGCCUGAUGGCAAUGACACCGAAGACGACCAUGACAUUGAACAAGAGAAUGAAGGAGAUAAGCAUGAGCAACAGAACGGUGAAGAUAAACAAGCUGCUCCUAUUAAAGAGGAACCACAGGAGACGGGUGAUUCAAAGGCACUUGGAGAUGAAGAUGUGGACAUGAAUACAGGAGAUGAUGAUUUAGAAGGCUGGGAGCAGUCUAUCGAUGAGAUACUGAAUGAUGAAAAUGCCCAAGAAGAGAAAGAGAAAGAAGCGAAUGAAAAUCCAGAAGAAAAGAUAGAAGAGGCACCGAAGGAGGAAGAGAAAGCCGCGCAAAUUGAAGAAGGGCCACCCCAGCCUGCAUCAACGACAACCACCGCACCAACUACACCAACUGCAACAACUACAACACCUGCAACAACUACAACAACUGCAGACGAUACAGAGCAGUGGAAACCUCAACAACGUGGACGAGGAAGGGGCCGGCGCCGCUAU